AUGAAAUAUAAUUUAUGCCUAUUCUUAUAUAUUUCUUUUAAUAUCUUACAAGUGAAUUGUAUUGUUUAUGUAUUUGAGUAUGCCGUAAAAAAUAUAGCAGGAAGGUAUUUUUAUGUUUAUGAUGGACAUACAUAUUCUGAAGAUGUAGAUGUAAUAGAAUAUCUGGGAACAAAAUAUCCUCAUCUUGUAGGUAAAGAAAUAUAUUUUAAUGGAGUUGGUGAAUAUACGCGCAAUAAUAGAUUAGUUAAAGCUAGGGAACCAGUUGUUACCAAGUUAUGUUUACCACAUCCAAAAUCCAUAGUCCCAAAACCAAGGAGGGUUUCAGUUAGAGGCAUUCAAGGCGGCGAAGUUGUAGUUCAUUCCAGUAAUAAAAAAGUUUCUUUUUAUUGUAAUAAACAUACUGUUCCAAGUUUAGCUGAUUUAGCUAAAUGUGCUUUAAAAAGACAGCGUGUGAAAUUUGGUGCAAAUUGUGAACGAGUUUAUAAUCCAAAAGAUCCACCAAAUUGUGUUGAAAAAUCUUCUUAUCAAAUAAAAAACCAAAUGAGUUGCAGUAAUAUGGUUGAAUCAUUUUAUGAAGCUUUAGAACCGUAUUUAGGAAUGAAUUCUUUUAGUAAUACCGUGUGGAAAAGAAUCUGGCGAAGUGAACUUAAUUUCGCAUGUUUUACAUUUAAAGAUUAUAAAUUACUAAAAGAAAGAAUGUUAAGAGAAAUAAAUACCUACCGAUCAUCUCAUUCGUCACGUCCUCUUGCAGAAAGUUAUGGGUUGUCAAAAAUUGCCCAAGACCGUGCCAACUCAAUCUCUGUAACAAAUGUAAUUAAUCACGGACUUUAUGAUGAAUAUGAAGAACUUAUUUCUGUAACUGAAUUACUUCAAGCUCCAUUAAUAGUAAAAAAAUGGUAUGAUGAAUCUAUGUAUUAUAAUUUUCGAUUUGGAAUUUCAAAUGAAAGAUGUAGGAAUUUUGUUAAAUUAGUGUGGAAAGGUACAACUAAAAUUGGAAUUGGUGUUGCAAAAAGUGGUUGUAAAAUAUAUAUUGUAGUAUUGUUAAAUCCAAAAAGAAAAUCAAUGUCAUUAAAUGCUUUGAAUAUUAAACAACGUAAACGUUCAAGCUUACAUAGAACUAACACUGUUUAA